AGGCACCAAAAGUGUCAUCGCUCCGCGAAGGGAGGUCUUGCUGGCACAGAAAGUGAACGAUGAAGCCUCUUGUUGUCUUGGUUCUUGUGGUCUGUACUGUAGUCAGCAUGAAUUUGAAGCUCGUGUCAAAGAGAAAUUCUGUUGAUGGUUGCAUUGACUGGUCAGUGGAUCUCAAGACAUACAUGGCUUUGGCAGGUGAACCAGUCCGAGUGAAAUGUGCCCUUUUCUACAGCUAUAUCAGAACUAAUUAUAGCAUGGCCCAAAGCACAGGUCUUAGGCUUAUGUGGUACAAAAACAAAGGAGAUUUAGAAGAACCCAUUAUAUUUUCUGAAGUUAGGAUGAGCAAGGAUGAAGAUUCAAUAUGGUUUCACUCGGUUGAGUUGCAAGACAGUGGUUUCUACACAUGUGUUCUAAGAAACUCAACGUACUGCAUGAAGGUGUCCAUGUCCUUGACGGUAGCAGAGAAUGAAUCUGGGCUUUGCUACAACAGCAAAAUCAGAUACCUGGAAAAAUCGGAAGUCACUAAGAGAAAAACAAUCUCCUGUCCUGAUAUUGAGGAUUACAAAACAGCUGGUCAAGAGCCAGAUGUGGUGUGGUACAAGGAAUGUGAGCCAAAAAUGUGGAGAAGUGUUGUAAUUCAGAAGGGAAAUACUGUCUUAAUACAAGAAGUCCAGGAAGAAGAUGGAGGAAAUUAUACCUGUGAACUAAAGUUUGAAGACAAGCUUAUACGAAGAACAGUUGAAUUGAAGGUUACUGCUUUACUCACAGACAAACCUCCAAAGCCAUUGUUCCCCAUGGAGAACCAGCCAACUGUUAUAGAUGUCCAGCUGGGAAACCCUCUGACUGUGGCCUGCAAAGCUUUCUUUGGAUUUAGUGGAGAAUCGGGCCCCAUGAUCUACUGGAUGAAAGGGGAAAAAUUCAUAGAAGAAUUAGAAGGUCAUAUUAGAGAAGGCGAAGUCAGACUCCUCAGAGAACAUCUUGGAGAAAAAGAAGUGGAAUUGACAUUGAUCUUUGAUGCUGUAGAGGAGGCAGACCUGGCUAACUAUACGUGUCACGUGGAAAACAGAAAUGGACGGAAAUAUGCCAGUGUUCUUCUGCGCAAGAAAGAUUUGAUCUACAAAAUAGAGCUUGCUGGAGGACUAGGAGCCAUCCUUCUUCUGCUUAUUUUGCUUGUGACCAUCUAUAAGUGCUACAACAUAGAGUUAAUGCUGUUCUACAGACAGAACUUUGGAGGAGAUGAAGCAGCUGAUGACAACAAGGAAUAUGAUGCGUAUCUUUCAUACACCAAAGUGGAUCCUGAUGCAUUAGGUUGUGAUAACAAUGAAGAGGAGCAGUUUGCACUUGAAAUUCUGCCAGAUGUUCUAGAAAAGCACUAUGGAUAUAAGCUCUUCAUUCCAGAUAGGGACCUGAUCCCUAGUGGAACCUACAUUGAAGAUCUCACAAGAUGUGUUGAACAAAGCAGAAGACUCAUUAUCGUGUUAACUCCAGACUAUGUUCUCAGGAGAGGAUGGAGUAUUUUUGAGAUGGAAAACAGACUCCAUAACAUGCUAGUCAGUGGAGAAAUCAAAGUUAUUUUGAUAGAGUGUACUGAAUUAAAAGGGAAAGUGAAUUAUCAUGAAGUGGAAUCUUUAAAGCACACCAUCAAACUUCUCUCAGUGGUCAAGUGGAAAGGACCAAAAAGCAGCAAACUGAAUUCUAAGUUUUGGAAGCGCCUAGUCUUUGAAAUGCCAGGGAAGAAAAAAGAGAUGGUGCCUCGGCAUCAGGUCCUGGAUUCUGCAGAGCAGGGCCUUUUUGGAGACCUCCAGACUGUACCCUCUCUUGCUGUCACAGGCACUUCUGCCACAUUGGUAGAAUCGCGGGCUGAUUUAACUGAUUUCCACCAAGCAGAUUCUGUGCAAAUGAGACAUUAUUGCAGAGGAUAUGAGUACGAUGUAUCAGCAGCAACAUUGCCAAUAGCUUCCAUAAGCAACCACCACACAUACUGUAACAUACCUUUGACACUACUAAAUGGACAGCUACCUCUUAAUCAUACCAUGAAGGAUCCCCAGGAGUUUCACAGGAACAACCCAUUGCUACCUUUAUCAGCAAAGGAGCUUAGCUUCACCAGUGAUAUUUGGUAGUGAAGAUCAAGACUCUUGAGAUGCUUCAUGACCACCAUGAAGACACGUUUUUAAAGAACUUUGCCCUAACUCCGUGGGGGGAGAAAACAUAUUGGAAGCAGCAGCACAUUUGUUUGCUUUUCUACUUGAACUCUUUUGUUUACAUUUACUAAUUAUUGACAAAGAGGGCAUUCUUUUGUAACUCAGUAAUGUCCUUCCUGUCUUUUAAUGUACAGUUUUAUUGCUUCUUUAAAAAGGAGGGGGAAUGGAAAAAACAUCCCAUCUUUUUACAAUAGGUUUACAAUCUGGGAUGGAGAAGAGGUCACUGUAUAUGAAUGAUCUCCAACAUCCACACAUAUUUAAGUAAUAGUAAUUGAAAUACACAGAAGUUAUGUGGUUUUUCAUACAGACUUCAGUACAGCUUGAAAUUCUAAUCAUGCAACAAAAAUGAUUGUCUCCUGGACAGGCCACAAGGGGGUGAAUCAUCCUCAAAUGGAAGGAGGAGGAAACCCUCCCCGUAACAUUGUCUCGCAGAUACAUUUUAGAAGAUGACCAGCUGAAACCAUGCAGAUGAAGCUUUAUCAAUAAAGUGCAUAGAAACAAUUGCAGCAGAAUAAAUCACCUGCUCACAUCAGCAUCUCUUCAUUUUAUUAUUGAGGCAUGUUGUAUUCCUAGUCAAUGGUUAGCAAUGUGGUUUUAUUAAGUAACUUACUAGAAUAUCGGAAGAUGUU